UUGGUUUGUGGUUUCUAAUAAAAUGGCUUUUUUGAGUAUGAGUAACCUGCAAUUGGUCCCGUCUGUUAUUUCUUUGAAUUCAAGCACAAGGCUUUCAAAGCAUCUUCAUUGUACAUCUCUUCAACAACAGGCUAUAAAGGCAGAUGGGAGGAUCGAGUGUGAACCUUGUGAUGGGAGAGGAUGGUUGCUUUGUGAUUUUUGUAAAGGGCAAAAGACGAAUGUGAGAUCUGAAACCAAUCGCAUCUAUCGUAGAUGUCCAUCUUGCAGAGCUGUUGGAUAUGUGUUAUGUUCCAAGUGCAAAGUCUUCAAAUGUGUUACUUUCCCAGAUCAAACUGAUGGUGAAUUCUAAUUAGUGAAGGCCUUUUUGUCACGAAGGAACAAAGGCAGGCUCAACUCGUUUUCUUUCCUUCUCUAUGUUACUUUUUUUUUUUGUAAAAUCCAUCUUAAAACCACAUGUCUUGCAAGAGAUGACAUCAAUACGAUCUGUAAACUAUUAAGAUGAAAUUAUGUAGGAGUGGAAGUAGCAUGUCAUUGUCAUCCUUGUGAGCGACCCUCUGUAUCUUGUAAUGUUACAACUUACGACAUAAACUUCGAUACUGAAA